AAUAAAAAUGAAUCCCGCUUCAACUCGGGUAGUUCCAUCGAACGAUAAGUUUCAAUUAACAGACAGUGAUUUGGAAGGUUGUUUGGUCGAAAUAUUCAAGAGAUUUAGAUGUCCUGUUGGUGUGACUGUUGAUGAAUAUCAACAACGGGGCAAGAGUGCAUCAGGAAAUGUAGUCUACGUAGUGAAACGCAAGCAAACAACAGUCACUCCGGCGACGCUGUACACGGAAUCAAUAGUAAUGGAGCAUACACAUAAAGAUCCUAAACAUAUCUAUUUAGCAAUGAAAGCUGUGUAUGAUGUCCAACACCAUCUUGUAGAAUUAAUGAUCACUAACUCCCAAGAGGUGAUCGUACCGAGGAUGAUCAUUCAAGUCUUAUCCAACAUAAUCGCCAACUACCCACUGUUAACCAAGUUUGCGAUUAAAAACUGUUACAUCGACCAUAAUAUUGUGCACGACUUUAAAAGUAUGCUUCUUUAUUCUGCCAUCACUGAUGUAUGUUUGGAUGACUGUAAACUAAACAAUGCCAACUACGAAGUCAUAUUAAAAGCACCAACAGUUGUUAAGAAUCUAUCACUAUGCAGAUGUAACAUAAGCGAUCCAGAAUGCAAAGAGAUAGCCGCAAUGUUACGCUAUACAGAACUAGCUGAGAAUCAUUUAGUCACGUUGAAUCUGACGUCCAACAAAAUAGGGGAUGAAGGAGCAAAAUAUUUAGCAAACGCCCUAAGAACUAAUAGACAUUUGCGAUAUUUGAAUUUAGCUGAUAAUGUUAUCGGCGACGAAGGUGCAAUCUGCAUAUUUCGCCAUUUGUUAGAAUUCCCGCUAACUCACGACGAAAACGUGGACAGGCGGCGACGAUACUUCUUAUACUUGAAAAAGAAGCAAGAAAUAUACGCAGAAUGUAUUAACAAACUUAACUCGUCUAGCAUAUUAAAACGAGAGAAAUCUAAACGAAAAUUAAUGUCACAUACAACACUUUCAUCCAGAGAAGGCUCUUACCAAUCUCACAAUAGACCUAAAACAGUUGUAAAAAAAAUAAAACGCGUCUCACAAGACAAUACCUGGCAGAAUAUAAAGGCAGAGAUGAUGGCCAAAGAUAUACUGGGACCAUUUGAGGAUCCAUUUGGAACUACGAGUUUUAAGAUUAUUGACGACUACCCAUUUUGUAUAGGUAACUUUACACUGAGUUAUCUGAAUUUGGCGUAUAACAACUUGACAUACCUAAGUUUAAAAAUACUACUCAAUGUCGUUGAGCACCAAAUGAUUUAUAGCACGCAGAAGUUAUGUGGCCUCAUGAAAGUUAUUUUAGAAGGGAAUCGGUUACCAGUCAAAUGUGAAGAGCUUUCAACUAUUCAGCAAAUAUUAAAAGAACAUGUCAACUCUUUCACAAAUAAACUAAAAAAUAGAAUAGCAGAUAAAUGAUAAUUCUUGUUUCUUAUUUGUGAUAAUGUAACAUUUAUAUGCAAUUUAUGUUUCUAGCAUUUACUUGAUAAUAAAGUGAGUGGAAAGGGAAAAAUCCUUUAUUUAUCAAUACAUUAAAACAAAACUCUCAACAAAUUAUUAUGUUUUCGGCUUACUCACGUAGUAAUUUGACGAGAAACUCGACUAGUUUCAAGCCAUGCUAGAGGCUCAGUCGCCGCGUCGCGGGUCGCGAAAUGGUGCUCAUGAAUAUGAGCCUCUAGCAUGGCUUGAAACUAGUCGAGUUCCUCGUCAAAUUUCUACAUGAGUAAGCCGAAAACAUAAUAAUUUAUUUAGUAUGUCUCACGAAAGUUACAAUACAAAACUCUCAACAUACAAAUAUUGUAGAAAAAAUACUGUACUGAGCCCAUAGAAUAACCUUCCAUCACAAAUGUAUACCUCCACCUCCUUAGAUGGUAACAGGGAUGCUGGGAGUACCUCAUUUUCAAAUCAGUAUCUUUAAACCAGACAUAGACAAUUUAGAAGGAAUUUUUAAAUCUAAUAAUGCAGACUAUAUCUUUGGAACAUACAAAUCUGAAAAAGAAAACUCAUAUCACACAUUCUUGCUUAUUUAAUCUAACAACUAUGAACAACUAGUUUUACAUUAUGUACAAUACAAUCCAGUAUCUAAGGCUUUAGGCCAAGCCUUCCCGUUUCUUCCACUCACUCUUUAAUUGUGCCAUUUUCUUUUUCUUAUAUUCUGUUUUUUUAUACUUGUUGCUUUCUAAUCUUCUCUUCUGUGCUGUCACACUAUCUUCUCCAUUCAGCUCUUCAUCUAAUUUUGUAAUUAGCAUCUCACGAGCUCUUGUCCUGUUUUCAUCUUGGCAUCUACUUGUGUGGCAUUUUAUUACAUGACCUGUA